UGAAAAUAGCCAUGUCAAGACCCAGGUUUAAUCCUCGAGGACACUUUCCAGGUCAAAGGCCACAAGCACCUAACCCUUCUGGAAUGAAGCCUCAUGGAGGAUAUAUGAGAACUGAAACAAUGGGUAUCCCAAGAUUACAACCCUCAGGAAGACCACAUGGAAUUGCACAAAGAUUUGGGGGCCAUGAGUCUUAUCAGAGCAUGGGUCCCCAUCGGACAAAUGUUCAGAUGAUGCAACAUCGAACUGAUCCAAGAUUGGCCAAAGAAAAAAUGGAUUUUCACGAAGCCCAACAAAAGAAGGGAAAACCUCAUGUUGGUCAGUGGGAUGAUAGUCCUCGUCCAUCUGGAACAUCAGGACUGAAACGUGGUUCUGCCACACACAUUACAGACCAGAGUCCUAAAGUCCACAGUCGAUACACAAAGGAAAGUGCAUCAAGUAUUUUAGCAAGUUUUGGAUUGUCCAAUGAAGAUCUAGAGGAACUCAGUCGAUAUCCAGAUGAACAGCUAACCCCAGAAAACAUGCCUUUGAUACUGAGGGAUAUAAGAAUGCGUAAAAUGGGGCGCUGGUUACCUAAUUUGCCUUCCCAGAGAAGUGGUAAAGAAACCCUUGGUGGUGAGACAGUUUCAAGUAAUGUGAUUGAUUAUGGACAUGCCAGUAAAUAUGGUUACACAGAAGAUCCAUUGGAAGUACGAAUUUAUGACCCUGAAGAACCGACAGAAGAAAAUAAGGCUGAAUUUCAGUCCCAGCAGAAUAUUUCUGUGUCUGCUCCAAAUGUGAUAUGUAAUACAAUGUUUCCAGUUGAAGAUUUGAUCAGACAGAUGGGUUUCCAAAGUGAGUCCUCCAGUAAUCAAUCAUUUUUCCCAGUUGAUAGUGCAAACAAGAUGUCAAAUUUAAACAUGACAGGACAGUCAGUUCUUGAACCAGUGAACUCUGUGAGCCAAUCUAUUAGUCAAGCAAUGAGCCAGUCACUUAUUUCUUCAAUGAGCCAGUCUCUGAUACCACCUCCUAUGAGCCAGCAGUCUUUUUCAGCUGAAUUAAUUACACCUGUAAGCCAACAGGAAAGGAUUUCGCAUGAACCUGUGAUUAAUUCAUCUAACAUGCAUAUUGGGUCUGGAGGUGGGAAAAAAAAUUAUUCAUCAGAACCUGAUGCUCCUAUUCAGUCUCCGUUUGGAAUUGUGAAAGCAUCUUGGCUGCCCAAGUUUUCACAGACAGGUGCCCAGAAGAUGAAGAGACUUCCAACUCCUUCUAUGAUGAAUGAUUAUUAUGCUGCAUCUCCAAGAAUAUUUCCACAUAUGUGUUCUCUAUGUAACGUAGAGUGUAGUCAUUUGAAGAAUUGGAUUCAACAUCAGAAUACGCCUGCCCACAUUGAGAGCUGUCGACAAUUACGUCAACAAUACCCUGAUUGGAAUCCUGAGAUCCUGUCUUCCAGGAGAGAUGAGGGCAAUCGAAAAGAAAAUCAGACUCCAAGGAGACGUACUCACUCUUCUAGUGCCAGUCCCCGACGAUCUAGGGGGCCAAGCUUCAGUCACAAGUUGCGGCGGUCUCGAUCUAGAAGUCCUGGACGUUACAUACCAAGUAGACCAAGAAGUCGAAGUCCAAGAUAUUCACAUCGAUUCAGUCCCAGACACCGGUCUCGGUCACCACAUCGAUCUCGAAAUCCUCUCAGAGGAAGUCCCAAACCCCCAAGAUCUGCUAGCUCCGAGUGGACAUCAAGGAGACGACCGAGGUCACCAGAUAAAAGAAGCUCAUUGGAAGCUGUGGUUCAGAGUUUGGGACACGGUUUCCCUGCAGAGUUCAGUAAGCAGAAACACUUUGAAGCAAGCGGGAAGGGAAGAUCCUCCACCCAAAAGAGUCUCAGCAGCAGUUCAAAACUACCCUGUAAGACUGUAGGUUCUGCAAAGAGUGAGUCCUCAGCCAGUCACACUGCUCGCCAUAAAGCCAAGAAUCCUGAAGAUGCCAGCUCAUCCCAGGUGCUGGAGGAAAGCGUUACUCAAAGAAAGCCGUGGGAAGAUGAAUCCUUGCGUUGUGAUACAAUUAUUCAUGUAUCAGAGUUACCAACUGAUGGCUACACUGAGCAAGAUAUUAUAAAAAUAGUUCAACCAUUUGGAAAAGUUAGUGAUCUCUUGAUUGUUCCAUCUAGAAAUGAGGCCUACUUGGAAAUGAAAUUUAAAGAGGCUGUGGCUGCUGCCGUCAAGUACUGUGAAACCACACCAGUCCAGGUGAAAGGGAAGCGGGUAAAGAUCAGCGCCGCAGGGAAGAAGAAGCUGCCGAGCACCAAUCAGAACAAAGACGGAAAGAAAGUGGUUUCAGAAGCAAAAAAGCUGUCAACUUCAAAAAAAGAUGGGGAUGGUUCAAAGACCGAAUCUGUAAUGGCAGCUUCCACUGGGAAAUCAUCAGUUAAUAAAAAGUCUGUGAUUUCUGCAAGUGCUAAAAGUAAUAAAACUUCUAACAAAUCAGCAAAACCUAGUGGAAAGAAGACAGUAGAAAACAAAAAACCUAUAGAUCCCCAAAUAAAAGACUCUAAUAAGACUGUGACAGUGCCAGAAAACACUGAAACCAGAAACAUUUCAGAAGCCAAGAGCAUUCCUGAAGCCACUGAGAACACUGCUAAAGAAAAUGCUUCAGAAGCUGUUUCGGGGACCACCGAAAAUGAGGAUUCAGUUAGUAAGGAAACAGAAGAGAUGUGUAUUGUCCUUAUUUCAAAUUUGCCAAAUAAAGGAUAUUCUACAGAGGAAGUUUCCAAUCUGGCAAAACCAUUUGGUGGUUUGAAGGAUAUUUUGAUUUUAUCAUCUCAUAAAAAGGCAUACAUGGAAAUAAAUAGAAAGUCUGCAGACUCUAUGGUAAAGUUUUAUACAUGCUUCCCAAUGUCAAUGGAUGGAAAUCAGCUUUCAAUAAAUAUGGCUCCUGAAAAUAUCAAUCUAAAGGAUGAGGAAGCUAUAUUCACAACUUUGAUUAAAGAAUCUUCCCCUGAGGCCAAUCUAGAUACCAUUCACAAUCAGUUUGUGCAUCUUGGUAACUUACCAGAUGAUGGAUAUACUGAACAAGAGGUUGUUUGUGUUGGACUUCAGUUUGGAAAAGUGGAUCGCUAUGUGUUCAUAAAUAAUAGAAACAAGGUAAUUCUUCAGUUAGAUACUUGUGAAUCUGCUCAGAAAAUGCACGGCUUCUUAAAACAAAAUCCUUUUAAGAUGGGUGAAAAUAUCUUGUCCUGUUCAUUGUCUCUGAAGACAGAACCAUCCAAGGUUCAAACUGAGAGAGAUCCAGAACUUGGAAAAGAGAGCCCUGACUUGAAAAACAAUCCAGUUGAUGAAAGUGAGGUGCAAACAGCAGCUGAUAGUUCCUCAGUUAAGCCUAGUGAAAUCAAGGAAGAGGCCAUCCUAAAUCCUGUCCUCCAAAUGGAGCCUUCCACACUGCAGGAAGAGCCUUCCAAGGGAGAGCCUGAAAGAGGAGCAGUGUGUGACUCUGACUUGGCUCCUGGCAAAGUGGAGGUAGAAGUACAGGUGGAGGAGGCAGAGCUGAGGAAUACCGAUGGAAACUCUGCCCUGACUAUGGUCAAAGACAGUUCAGAGAAUUCUAUGAUUACUUCUCAGGAGAACAUGACUGAUGUGGAGAAAGAGGAGAAGGUCAAAGUUAAGUCGGAACAAGAACUGGCUCUCUGCACUGGGCCAUGUGCAGAAGAGGACAGUAAGCAAAAGAUGGAAGAGUCUCUUCCAGAGACUGAAGAUGUUCAUGAUGUGGAGAAAUCUGGAAAUGCCCAAUCAGGGUCUGUUGGUGAAGUAGCAACAGACAUGGAAGUACUCGAAGCCUCUGCAGAAGUGCCGCUGCCUGUUUCUCCUAUGGUGACAAUACAGGGAGCUUCUACCGGGAAUGAGAAGGCAGCAGCUGGCAAAGAGGAAAUUUGUGAUAAAAACACCAUGGAGGAAAAAGAGGACAAGGGGACUGAUUUCAAGGACACUAGAAUCGAGCUGAAAACUGCGCUGGAAAUAGGGCCAGAGAAGGAACCCGAAAAGAACGGAGCUGAGGAUGCGUUGGGCAUGGAGAAGUCUGAAAGGAUUAUUGUGGUGACAAGAGAGAAAACUGGAGAUAGCACUGUGACUAAAGAACAUGCGAAUAAAGGAGUAGGCCAAGCUAGCAAGCCUGAUGAAACAAGUAAAACCAGUGUUCAGGUGGUAUCAAAUGCCUCUUCCAGCAAACUGAGCUCCAAGCUCAUGGCUUCCACCCCAAACACACUCAAGACAAAAGUGACUGGUCAGAAAAGUGAGGUGAAAACAGAAGAUCAGAGGACAUGCUCAAAGCUUUUGCCCAAAAGCCAAGCAAGUGUGGAGAAGAAGCUCACCACCAAAGACAUGGGCUCUCUUAGACCUGCCAGUGCCAGGUCCACACUGGGUGAAAGCAGCAGCAAAUCUAAAACUUCCCCCAGCGGCAUAGCCAGAGGAGGCAGUGGGCGGACCUCAGCUCCACAAGACAAGGAUUACAGGGCUCUAGCAAAACAGUCUCAAGAAACAGAGACUAGACCUUCCACCAUGAAACGGGAUGACAGCGGCAAUAAGACUUCUGCUGGGCAGAACACUAAGAACCCUAAAGGCAGCUCUGGUAAGACUGCCAAACCUAGAGAGGAAGAGCUCUUUCCAUUUAAUUUGGACGAGUUUGUUACCGUGGAUGAAGUUAUAGAAGAGGUAGACCCUUCUCAAGCCAAGCAAAAUGCACCAAAGGGGAAAAAGAAAGAACCUCUCAAGAAUCUUCCUUCUUCUGAGAUUAACUUAAAAAGAAGGAAAGGGAAAAGUUCAGUAAGUUGUGUUGCUGAGAGUGAGUUAUCUUUUGUUACCCUGGAUGAGAUUGGUGAAGAAGAAGAUGCCGCUGCUCACCUGACCAUUGAGUCUGGCUUGGAAACCAAAGCUCUGGUCACUGUGGAUGAAGUUAAUGAUGAAGAGGAGCUGAAUGUAGAAGAAAUGGUCCAAAAUGCAAAUUCCCUCCUUACUUUAGAUGAGAUAAUUGAACAAGAGGAUUGCACUUCCCACGGUGAGCCUAAAGAUGUCACUAUUUUGUCAGUGGAUGAAGAACGAGAUCUUUUGAAGAGGGAACCCCUAGUAACUGUGGAUGAAAUUGGAGAAGUGGAAGAGCUACCUCUCAAUGAGUCAGCAGAUAUAAAUUUUGCUCCUAUAAAUCCCAAGGAAGAAGAAAAUGUUGUAAGGGAAUCCAUUGGCUUCAUUUCUUCUCAGGUGCCUGAAGACCCAACCACUUUAGUUACAGUAGAUGAGAUACAAGAUGACAGCAGUGAUGUCCAUUUAGUGACUUUAGAUGAAGUGACAGAAGAAGAUGAAGAGUCUUUGGCAGACUUUAACAACCUUAAAGAGGAGCUUAAUUUUGUUACUGUUGAUGAAGUUGGAGAAGAGGAAGAAGGAGAAAAUGAAUUAAGAGUUGAGACAGUUAGAAAAGAUGUUUGCUCUGUGGCUAAAACAGGAGGCAUUAAGAAGAAACCUAUAGCCAUAAAGCAGGAGAAGCCUAGAGCUUUGCACCAAAUGGGCCAGAUCAAUGAAGAGAUUAUAGAGAAAGACCCCAACACUAUGACUGAACGACAUCUAGCAGAACAAAGCAUUUCCCAAGUUGCUUCACCUCAAGAAAAGGGGAUGAAGCCAGAGAGCAAGCAAGAACACUCAGCCAAAACUCCAGCUAAGAGAAGUAGAACCAAGAAAGUACCAUCAUCAGAGAUUCUUGAUACUUCAGAACCACCAAAACUCGAAGAGGCCUCGAUGACUAUUGAAUCUGGAUCCGAAGAUGCAGAACCAGAGAAAAAGAGAAAGAAAGAUGAAGAGUCUUCACUAGGCAAGUCUUCCUUGUCAUCUUGUCUUGCAGAUUUAGAUUUUCUUAUACCGAAGGCUGGUUUCUUCUGUCCUAUUUGUUCCCUCUUCUACUCUGAUCAGAAAACAAUGGCAAAUCAUUGCAAGAGUGCACGUCAUAAGCAGAAUACAGAGAAAUUCAUGGCCAGACAAAAAGAGAAAGAGCGGAAAGAAGCUGAAGAGAAAAGCUCCAGGUGAUCGGGAGAAGAAUUCAUUAAGAAUUCAUUUAGGGUCCAGUUGAUUUUAUGUAUUUUGUUAUCACUUAAUUUGUAACUUUGUUUCAGAAGCAGAUAUUCAUGUUGUACAAAUUUCUGAUUGCACUUGAUGUAGAAAAGACUGUUGGGGGCGGGGGGAGGGGAAGUAUGAUGGGUUUGAUUUUUAUAUCAAAUCAUCUGGCCUGGAGAAACAUCUUUUACAUACAAGUGUUGAAAUAAAUGUUGCUACUGUAUAUUUAACAGCA